CGUGCGAUUCUGCUACGCUUGCGGUCGCACCGGCUGCAUCCUUCUCUGCUCUUCCUUUUUUGGUUGUUUCUCACAUAGUCGCUCGGUUUACAUUGCAGCAGACAAAGCUUUACCAUGCUGGACGAAGCGGUUGAGAUGAAAGGCGGCAGUGCCGUUCGAUCGACGACUGCCGAUGGAAGCCCUCAUGGAGGCAACGUCGAGUAUCGCCAACGACAGAGACUGGAUAGAUACUUGAAUUUCUUCUCUUCGCUCGCAUUCUCUGCAACCCUGCUGGCAUCGUGGGAAUCGGCUGGUGGAAGUCUGCAGGCCGGUCUGUACUAUGGGGGACCGGCUGCGAUUGUCUAUGGAAUCAUCAUCAGUGGACUGGGAAAUCUGGCCAUUGCCACUUCUUUGGCUGAACUAGCCUCGGUUCACCCCACGGCCGGAGCGCAGUAUCACUGGAGCUACGUCCUGGCGCCUUGCCACCGGCGAUUCAUCAGUUUCUUCCAAGGAUGGGUCACGGUCUUCUCCUGGGCUGCCCUCGUCUGCAUAUCGCCCUACUUCAUCGGGACUGAAAUCGAAGGCAUGGCCGUGCUCGCCCACCCGGACUACGAGGCGAAGCGGUGGCAAGGAACUCUGCUCAUGUGGGCCGUGGUUCUGAUCCCAAUUGUCAUCAACAUCUUUGCCCGGCGCGUGCUCUCCGUCAUUGAAGUCGCUGCAGGCGUCAUGCACGUCGUCUUCCUCCCGGUGACCAUUGCGACCUUUGUCAUUCUGGCGCCGCGCAAUUCUAACGCUUUCGUCUGGGAUACCUUUGUCAGUGGCCUCAGCGGCUGGCAGAACCCGGGAGUCGUCUACUCGGUAGGGCUGCUCGGCGUGAUCACGCCCUUGAGCGGGGUCGACGGCAUCAUCCACAUGUCCGAAGAGGUCAAAAACGCCAAAACCGUCAUUCCCCGCUCCAUGAUCUACGGCACCAUCAUCAACUCCAUCAUGGCGUUUGGCUACCUCCUCGCCAUCCUGUACUGCAUGGGCGACUACGCUGAAGCCCUGACCAGCCCUACGGGCUACCCCAUCAUCACCAUCGCGUACCAAGCCACGGGAUCCAAGGCCGCCACGUUCGUGCUCAUGGCCAUGGGGAUGCUGCCGGGCUGGAUUGCGCUUUUCAACGGUCUUGCGUCCGUCACGCGUCUCACCUGGGCGUUUGCGCGCGACAACGGUCUCCCCUUUUCGGACUUUUUCGUCAAGGUCGAUCCCCGAUUCAAGAUUCCUAUUCGGGCUUUAUUCCUUGUCACGACGCUGGUCAUCCUCCUCUCGUUUAUCCAGAUCGGUUCCACUGCCGCAUUUAAUGCCAUUUUGUCUCUCAGUACCCUGGGAUUAUACAUUUCGUAUCUGAUCCCGCUGGUCCUCCUGGUGUUCAAGCGACUGACCGCCCCGGGGGAUAUUCCCCAGGGCACAUUCUCGCUGGGCAAGUGGGGAUUGCCCAUCAAUCUGGUGGCCAUUCUCUUUGCCACGUACUUUUCCAUCUUCUUGCCGUUUCCAGCUACGUUGCCCGUGACGGGGGAGAAUAUGAAUUAUGCGGGACCGGUGUUGGGCUUCAUUAUGCUGUUUGCGGUGGGGGAUUGGGUGGUUCGGGGUCGGCAUAAAUGGAAUGGACCGACGAUGGCGUAUUCGAGGGAGUGAUCAUCUACUUCGUUGAAUGGACUUGUUUGAGUUGAGUGACUGAUAGUGGGCCAAUAUAUACCUUUCGUCUCCGGUGGGGACUUAUGGUUCCAUUUUUUUGUGGUAAAAUAUGUAGGACACGGCCCGUUGAAAACUGGCCAGUCUGAUGAUGGUUGUUCAUCCAAACAUGUCUCCUAUCUCAC